AUGAUCCCUUCAUCCGCGCCGGGUGCUGCUGGUUCGUAUACUGAGGCCGACGUUGAUGCGAACCGCGCAGCCAUAACAUCCGCGACUGAGGAAACGAACGGUGUGCUCACACCCUCUCAAAUGGUCCCGUCAGGCCAGACGAGCAUUUUCUCCUGGACGAAUCCUCAGUCAGGCAUCCAUCAGCCAAAUCUGUUCGACUUCUCGGACUUAGAACUCAUUUGCACCAUCAAUGCUGAUGACAUAGCGAAUCGAUGGCUGAACAAUUUCGUCCCCAUGCCAGGACAAAAGGCAAAGAACUACACACCGAGCAUAUCGACCUUCAUCCAUAGGAUUCUAGAAUCUUACGCCAACUCUUCUAUCCGCGGCUGCAAGGUCCCUCCCUUUGUCCACUGGUCUCAAGUAACUCUGCCAUCAAGCCAUCCAUUAUCAACUUGCUUUUCUGUCAUUCAUGAAUGCAACAAGCCUGAUGUGGGGGCAACUGAGGUCGCAGCCGACAGAAUCAAGGUAGAGAUGGCAAGGCUUUUAGGACAACACACGACCGACGAUGACAUGACCCUACUUGCGGCAUUCCAGGCACACCUCAUCUACGCCAUGGUCAUCUUUUUCAAAUUCGGGAGAAGCUAUGAUUCAUUCCUCAGCGAAGCCAUGAUGAACACACAGGAGCUCGCGUGUGCAGUAGCGAAAAAGGGCCUCAUGUGCGUUUCUGAGGAGGAUGAUAUUCGUCCCAGAUGGGAGUGCUGGAUUGCCGCCGAAGCUAAGCGGAGAACGCUCUUCACGAUGUGUCUCUUCGACAGCGCCCUAUUGACACACGACGGUCUGCCUACCCACCUUGCCACUGAGUUACGCGGGUUACUGGCGCCGGCGUGUAAAGCCUUGUGGGAGACUCGGGUGCGGCAGGACUGGGAGGGCAGAUAUGAUCUUCAAGAAGCGGAAUGGCCAGAGAGUUGGCUACAAAUUGACGAACUUUGGCCUAUGCCUGAAGAUUUUGGCGAAAUCGAAGUCUUUCAAAGGCGAACUAGAGUUGAUGCGUGGCUAGAGGACCUAGAUGAGUUUGGAACAAUGAUUUAUGCUGUGACCAGCGUAUGGCUACAUAUGAUCCCCGCCAGCAUGUAG